AGAGUGUCUUUAUCUUGCCCUCAGUCUGGUCUCGCCGAGAUGGCGUCCAUAGGUACUCUAAUUUGGGUCUCUGUUCGUCCUCUCUUGCGGCUAGUAAUCUGUGCAUCAUGUGGCUUCAUUAUCACCAAAGCCGACAUCUUCCCACUCGUUGCAGCCAGAGGGACGGGGCAGAUCCUUCUUCAUAUAACGUUGCCAGCUCUCUUCUUCUCCAAAAUAGUACCUGCUUUCACGUCUCAGAACGUUGGGGCACUCGGACCUCUUGUCCUUGUUGCAGUAAUAUAUGAAGCUCUCGGUGUACUCCUUGCUUGGAUAGUAAAACAGUUCUUUUGGGUCCCUCAUCGCUUUCGUUACGGCAUCCUGAUAGCAGGCGGCUGGAGCAAUGUUGGAGACGUUCCGACCGCUGUCAUUAUGAGCGUCACUGGUGCCGCACCAUUUAACCCUUCUACCGAUCAAACGCUUGCGGUGGCUUACUUGUCCGCCUUUAUUAUUGUUUUCUUUAUCACGCUCUUCCCGAUGGGCUUCUAUCGACUUAUCGCAUGGGACUACAUCGGACCAGAAGUCGACGAUGAGGAGCUUCGCAUGGGAGUUUCCGAAAAGACACGAGAAUCCAUCCGUAAAAUGACGCAUAGCAUAAGCGCUGUGCGAAGGCGUUUCGCCCAUGCUGCAGAUAAAAGUUCCCAAGAAGGCGUAGAUGCGGAGAAGCAGGAUAAUAUUCAGUCCAACGAUUUGAAAUACUGUGACAGCAGCGCGGAGAAAGGCCGCCAGAGAACUGGUGAUGCAUCCGAGAUCGAGUGUAUACAAAAAGAAAUUCCGACGGGCGGGUAUGAAAGUAGAACCGCACUGUCAGCGCCAAUCUCUCAACACCAACAACAGAAGCACGUAUCUUUUCAUGAUGCUGAAGCUGACGACGUUCCGACCGUCGUGCUUUCAGAGCAAUCUCCUUCACAGCCCUGUUCAACCGUUUACACGGCAAAAGACAGUGGCCCAUCACGUAUUACUUCGCCUUCUCCAUCUGUUACCCAGGUCGAUUCAGAGUCUACUUUCACCAAUGUUCGAAACACGUUGCGUCACGUACGCUUACAGAGAAAUCGCAAGCAAGUUGGUGCAAACGGUGAUGAUACAGGUUCAAGUCCGGGCGGAGACGUUCCGAAAGUUGUCGGACCUUCGACAACAGCCCAGCCGACUUCUCGUGCUCUUCGACAUCGCAUCCUCGCACAAGGAAGGAACGCGCUUUCGUCCAUGAAUAGCCCACAAGCAAUCACGAUUUUCACUGCACUUAUCAUUGCACUCGUACCUCCCCUAAAAGCGCUAUUCACACCUAUUGAUAACUCACCUAUCCCGAAUGCCCCGGAUGGUCAACCGCCACUCGCAUUCAUACUAGACACCGCUAGUUUCAUAGGUGCAGCAUCAGUACCCAUGGGACUGGUCUGUCUCGGAUCAGCCCUUGCACGUCUUAGAGUACCUCGAUCGCAAUGGGGUUCUCUCCCACUCGGCGCAAUUUUUUCACUUGCAGUUGGGAAAAUGGUCCUGAUGCCAGUGAUCGGAGUGCUCAUGGUCCAGGGCCUCACAUUUGCGGGAAUCAUCAGCGCGGAGGAUAAAGUACUGAGAUUUGUUUGCAUAUUUUUGUCUUGUAUACCAACUGCUACUACGCAGGUGUAUCUUACGCAAGUAUAUUCCGGAACUGGCGAGGCUACUGCAUUGUCCGCUUUCCUCAUCCCGCAGUAUGCACUCAUGUUCGUCACGAUGACCAUCCUUUCCGCGUACACGCUUUCGCUGCUCUUCUAGCUCAUACGGAACUUGUCGUGUAUGGCUUGAGAAAUGUAACGAUUGCACUACCUGUGCAUUUGUGCAACAUGUGUUGUAGGUGCUUGUGGGUGUUUUCCUUUUUGUUCACUAGACUACCCUGUAUCCUACUACACAUGUAUAUGCAUAUAUAAAGGGUUU